UUUUCAUUUAUGGCAUUGUUGCCAUCGUAUUGUGUGUUUUGUUUCAAUAUUUUCUAAGAUUCAAAUUUAUUUGUACAGCACGCUUUUACAACACGGUCGUAAAUGUUUGCCAGUACCAACAAAUCUGUGAGUCUUCCGGCGAAAUGUAUAGCGUCGUGUACAUAUUGUUCUCUUACAUUUUGCUACAAGUUGGUUGCGGCCGGUUAGGUCUAAAUAUUAUCAAGAAUGCUAUCGCUAAAGAAGAUGAGUAUCCGUUCAUUGUGAGAUUGGAAAGAAGAAUAUUGAUAACAUAUAAUAAUAUUUUUUUGGCAGAAAACAACAUACAUAUCUGCACGUGCACCGCCCUCAGCCGCUCAUUGUUGCUGACGGCCGGCCACUGCCUCAACAGCGUAGGAUUCUUGAGAAACAUUACAGAUGGUCUGGUUGCAGAAACAGUCGUACGAUACGGCGCUGGGGGCGGUAAAAUGGCAAAAGUGGUAUCAGUUAUCCACCAUCCAAGCUUCUAUGUCCCUCAAUUGGAAUUUCGAAGCAAUAUAGGGUUAGUGAGAACUGAGCUAAUCGAACUGAAGCUAUUCGCAAAGCUGAGUGCAAUAGAUAUGGACGGUAUAGGGAAUCAGUUGAUCACUAUAGCUGGAUACAAAGCUACCAAUAAGUCGGUGAGACUAGGAAAAGACAGAGUGCUUAAGGCGUCGCGGCUCCAGUUACUGAGAGUGGUUGUGAAGACGAGGGACAUCCAGCCUACGUCGACAUACCCGAUGGCAUGCAAGGCGGUGCAUUGCUUGCCGACGUCUACCACAUGUGACGGGGACUCUGGCGGACCACUCCUGCACCCAUCAGGCGUAGUGGGCAUCAGCACUGCUAGUUUAGAAUACAUCAAAGGUUGCUCUGAAGUAAACAAAACUGCAUCGAUCAGUAUGGAGGAAACCAUUACUCUAACGAAGCCACAUAUAAAAUGGAUUAGUGACAAUAUACGGCGUGACGACCAGCUCCCAGACAUGGCAUUGUUGUAUAAUAUCUCGCAGUCAAUUCAUACGUAGACUGUGCAGUGUUUCAGAAAUAACAUUAAUAAUCGACAUCGGCCAACACGCACUUCCUUCAUUUUAUAAGUCAAUAACCAACUGUGUAAUAAAAAAUUUAGUAUUUUAUAUUUUUGCAAAUAAAAUAGUUUCAAAUAAAAUACUCAAUGUACGAAUAAGUAUUAUUUACACAGCGCAUUACUUCGGAACAAUUGCAUUAAAAGUUUGUUGUGUUCAUUAUUAUCUUAACAAGGUUUAUGUGAAACACUAAUAAGACUGUAACCACCAAAAUGCGGGAUCGAGAAUCGUCACAGGAGGAAAUAGAGCUUUGUACCAGAGAUAGAAAGACAACAGAUAGGAGCCUCCAUGGUUCGUGUAAUUAUACUUUAAGACUUACAUGUUCAUUCAUAUCCCUUUAAUUUAUUCGUUGACUGCGUGUCAUCAGGUAACAUAUCACAAUGACGUCCACAAUUUCAAAUAAACAUAAAUCAUUACAAGUGUGUAGGAAACAAGACGCUACUUUUAAACGUUUCACCUAAACAAGUCAUUAAAAUUAAAUUAAGUACGAUAUAACAUUGUAAACUCAUCAUCAAAAAGAGAUUCGAUAGUAUCUAUCUAGUAAAUAAUAAAUAGUUUCAUUUAAAUUAUAUUCUUACGAUUAUUUGACUAAGGUUGAUAAUACAAUCAUUAUAUUAUGUUCUUUACCAAGUUCUCCAUUCGCUUUUACAUUACCGCAGUAUUUAAAAUACUUUAGGGCCGGAACGCAGUGGCCCGAGCGACGUGGUAGAGGAAUUGUCCUGCCAGCGACCUCCGU